UCGGUGGUGGCCACUGCGCAGACCAGACUUCGCUGGUCCGUGCGCCUCGCUCCGCUUUUCCUCUGCAACCAUGUCUGACAAACCCGAUAUGGCUGAGAUCGAGAAAUUCGAUAAGUCGAAACUGAAGAAGACAGAAACGCAAGAGAAAAAUCCACUGCCUUCCAAAGAAACGAUUGAACAGGAGAAGCAAGCAGCCGAAUCGUAAUGAGUCAUGCGCCGCCAGUAUGCACUGUACAUUCCACAAGCAUUGCCUUCUUAUUUUACUUCUUUUAGCUGUUUAACUUUGUAAGAUGCAAAGAAGUUGGAUCAAGUUUAAAUGACUGUGCUGCCCCUUUCGCAUCAAAGAACUACUGACAACGAA